AUGAUACGUGCAGGCCUUAUUGGUUUGGCUUAUGAUCUGCGUGGCGUGGUGUCCAGUCUCAACACGAAGCAUGCUUAUCGUCUUCUUCUCGACUGGCUCUAUCCGACAGGUCUCAAUCUGCUCACAAGAGGUUUAGAGCUUAUCGCCAGGCCAUUACCAGAGACAUCAAAUAGUGGUAUGGGAGAUCGGCUUGUUCAUCUGGAUAUAGGUAUGGCCACAGCGUUGCUCAAGCUACUUCGUGAAGUGGCACAGAAUCGUGAAGGACGGGCAAACUUCGACGCUCGAGUGCCCACUGGGUAUCUUUUGUUGAACGAAGUCAGUCAGACUUUGGUCAAUUUCGGUUAG